GCAUUGCCGCAUUGACCGUAUUCUGUGUACACAAUCGAUAAGGCACAAGAUUUUCGAAUCUAACCUCAUAUUAAAACAAUAUUAUUUUAAUGCAAUAAUUAUAAAAAGUCAUAGGAAAAUAUGGCGGGAGGAAAAAAUAAUCAAACUGGAUUCCAACCGGAUUCGGAUGUACAUAUUACUUACGAAGAACAACAGAAGAUUAAUAAAUUUGCGAGGCAAAACGCGAAAUUGGAAGACUACAAAGAAGAACUUAAAGUCAAACAGAACGAAUUAAAAAACUUAGAAGAUGCUUCUGACGAAUUGGCUCUUAUGGAUGAUGAUGCAAAGAUACCUUAUUACAUAGGAGAAGUUUUUAUUUACAAAGUUCUUGAAAAAACCCAGAAUUGUUUGGAAGAGGCUAAAAAUAAGAAAAAAGCAGAGAUUGCAAAUUUAGAAAAUAAAUGCACAGAUUUGAAAAGUAUUAUGAGCGAAUUAAAAACGCAAUUGUAUGCAAAGUUUGGUAGCCGCAUUAAUUUAGAAUCUGAAGAAUCAGAUUAACUUGUUUUUUCAAAUACAUAGAAAAUCUAUAAAUUUUAUUUAUGCAAUAAGUAUGCAUUAUUAUAAAUACUUUACAUGUAUUACGAUUUAUACAUGUAUAAAGAAAUAUGUCGUUAACAUUUUGAUAAUGAAAGUUGAUAUACUCAUUCGAAGCAGUUACACUCACUUUUACCUGUAUGCUUGAUGGAGAUAUAAUACAUCGUAAUAAAACUUUUCAAUUUGGAAUUAAAAAUUUA